AUGGUCACAGUGCAGGAGGAAACUGCAGACUUCAACAUCUCCUCUUCUCACCCAUCAGCUCACCAAAUCACAGAAUGGGGGGAGCAAAUGUCCAACAGCAGCUCCUUCAACAGGUUCCUCCUCCAGGCAUUUGCCAACACGCGGGAGCUGCAGCUCCUGCACUUUGCGCUCUUCUUGGGCAUCUACCUGGCUGCCUUCCUGGGCAAUGGCCUCAUCAUCACAACCAUAGCCUGCAACCACCGCCUCCACACCCCUAUGUACUUCUUCCUCCUCAACCUCUCCAUCCUUGACCUUGGCACCAUCUCCACCACUGUCCCCAAAUCCAUGGCCAAUUCCCUGUGGGACACCAGAGCCAUUUCCUACUCAGGAUGUGCUGCCCAGCUCUUUUUUCUUGUCCUUUUCAUUUUUGCUGAGUAUUUUCUUCUCACUGCCAUGGCCUAUGACCGCUAUUUUGCCAUCUGCAGACCCUUGCACUAUGGGACCCUCAUGGGCAGCAGAGCUUGUGUCAAAAUGGCAGCAGCUGCCUGGGCCAGUGGUUUUCUCUGUGCUGUCCUGCACACUGCUAACACAUUUUCAAUACCACUCUGCCAAGGCAACAUCCUAGAGCAGUUCUUCUGUGAAAUUGCCCAGAUCCUCAAGCUCUCCUGCUCAGACACCAGCCUCAGGGAAGUCAGGCUUAUUGUGGUUAGUGCCUGUUUAGUCUCUGGGUGUUUUGUUUUCACUGUGCUGUCCUAUGUGGAGAUCUUCACUGCUGUGCUGAGGAUCCCAUCUGAGCAGGGCCAACACAAAGCCUUUUCCAUGUGCCUCCCUCACCUGGCUGUGGUCUCCCUCUUUGUCAGCACUAUUACGUUUGCCCAUCUGAAGCCGCCCUCCAUCUCCUCCCCAUCUCUGGAUCUGGUGAUGGCAGUUCUAUACUCUGUUGUGCCUCCAACAGUAAACCCGCUCUUCUACAGCAUGAGGAACAAGGAGCUGCAAGAUGCAGUGAGGAAGCGGAUCAGGUGGGUACAAUGUCGGGAGCAGUAA